GUGCUGUCUGUCAGGAAAUGGACUCCAACAAUAGCUCCUGUUUCACCUCUUUCAAUAUGCAAAUUCUUGCCGAGGUAUAUCAGGUGAUAACCCGGAAAACCAACUAAUAAAAAAGGAAGAUAUUUUUCGGCAAUACUAAGAGGUACUCCAGGGGUAGCCCUCCUCCUGUCUGUUUCACGAGCCUGGGUAUGACAAUGCAGCAGAACAGCAUCCAAACUGAGCUACAAAACCAGUUUAAUGAUGCUGUCAGCAGACUGCAGUCAAAACAGAUGUUUCAGUCAGACUGGGACAUUGCUUCCUUUGCUAUUUUUUUCAUCUUUAUAGGCACAGUCCUACUGCUUUUAACCCUGGUUCUCAUUCGCUGUUGCUGCUGCUGCUGCUGUGACUCAGAGAAGCCCCCCAGGACCAAAGUGGGUGUGGACAAUUAUGCACUGGAGCCGUAGAAACAGGGACAGUCGCUUGUGUUCAUCUGCUGAAACCUGUCAUGGAAUCAGGCAGGAAAAUGUGCAAAUUCCAAUAUUCCUUCUUACAACAUCCACCAUGGAUGGAAAAUAAAACCCAAACUGCGUGAAGGCUUCUAGGACAAAUGAUUUAACAACUGUUUAAAAAUGCUUUAGGGUAACAUCAGAAAUCUUUCCCAGUAAAGAAUGUGGUUAUGAAUUAUACUCUAUGAACUAUAUUUUCCACUUAUUACAUAAAAAUGUUUACUUACAUGAUUCAUAUAGAUUGUGUUUUUUUAGAAAAUUGAUUAAAAUAUGAUUAAAUUGACAACGAUGAAGCUUAGCCGUUGUGUUUUCCCAGACAGCCCCUAAAAAUUCCUUUGCUGGGUAGUUUUUGCAUUAAUACAUUGAAUACUCUUAUCAUCUCAGUAGUCACAAACAUCUUAAAAAUGAGGUGUCUGGAGAGUGUGUACCAGACAAGACUUAACAAUGUGCCAUGUGCAAAUAUCUCAUUGUGAAACAGCACUGCAGAAUUCUCAUUAAAAAUGUUUGAUGUAAA